AUUAUUUCUGACGAGGCGUCUAGUCAGCACCAACGGCUGUGAUAUUUAGUCGAUGUGCCAAACCAAUGCUAAAACAGAGAGGGAAGCGUUAGCUUGAGGUAUGGAUAUGGUAGUUGCAAGCUUAUCCUCGUGCUUUCCAAUUCUGCCGCCAAAUUUAUCACAAAAUUUUAAAACAUUUAAGGUUUAUAACUGCUCUUCUCCACCCUUCUCUCUAUCUCCCAAACGUGAAAAGACCUUAUCUUUAAUUCACAGUUCUGGUGUUAUAGCUUGCCUUCGGGCCAAUAGUGCAGAAGUUGCAUUUGAAGCUGCUUCUGCUGCGCUGAGAGGGGGAAUCUCAGUACUGGAGAUUGUGAUGUCCACUCCUUGUGUGUUUCAGGUUUUAGAGCAGCUGAUGCAUGACCAUCCUACAAAAGUCUUAGGGGUUGGUACUGUCUUAGAUCCUAAGGAUGCUAUAAAUGCAAAGAAUGCUGGAGCUAAAUUCCUUAUGAGUCCUGCAAUGGUGAAGGGUAUCAUGGAUGUUGUCCAGGAUGAUGAAGUUGUGUACAUACCUGGUGCAAUGACGCCAACAGAAAUAUUGUCUGCUUAUGCUGCUGGUGCUAAAAUUGUUAAGGUCUAUCCUGUUUCUGCUUUAGGUGGUAUCCAAUAUAUAUCAGCACUAAAUAAACCUUUCGCUCACAUACCAAUGGUUGCAUCCCAAGGCGUCCAGAUAGAUUCUGUAGGUGACUAUAUAUCCUGUGGAGCAUCAUCUGUUGUUUUAUCUGAUGCAAUAUUUAAUAGAGAGGCAAUGGCUCAGCAAAAUUUCAAUGCAAUAUAUCGACUUGCAUGCCUUGCAGCUUUGCACGGCAAAGAAGCGGUAGUACGGUGA